AUGAAGUUCUUUUGCUGUCAACCAGAUUCCCACAAUGGAUUCGGUGCGCUCACCAAUGGUAUCCUUUCGUAUUUCACGGUAGAUUAUCAGCACAUCCCACACACUUUGAAAGGUUUAAAAAUCCUCCAAGCCACAAAAUCCGAUACUAGUGGUGAGUCGCACCUGCAGAAUCAUAACUCGCCAAAUAGCAACUAUCCUGGGAUGGAUGACAAGGCAAAGGUUCGUGUGCAGAAGUCCAUCACGCUUCCGGGGGUGUUCCAUUCGCAAAACUCUUGCUUUAGCAUGGCCAACCAGUCCAUCUUUGGAAUCGAUCUUGCCUGUGUGGGCAGCUCCAACGGCGUCCUUGCUUUGGUUGUGUUGGGUGACAAGAGUUUGGUGUACGCACCGGAGCGGGACCCCCAAACUGUCCGAGAGUCCUUUCAACAACUGAUGCGGCGCAGCCAGCAGGAUGCGCAGCAACGACAUCUCAUGCACCCUAUGCCCUCAGAUGCCCCUGACGCUGCCGCCGACGGGGUUGCGUUUGUCGGGGAUCGUCCUAGCCUCUUCGCGACGAGGGCGCCGCAUGCCAACACGGCCUCUUCCUCAUCACCCCUACCGUUAUUCGAGAGUGAUCUUUUACCGCACGAUACGGUGUUGGACGCGCCCUCGACGAUCACGUGCAUGCGGAAUCAACCUCUUGUUUUUGUGGGCUACAUGAGUGGUCGUAUUGAAUGGUAUCAGGUUAACAUCUCGUCGAACAAACGACGACAGUACGGAGAGAUCGGUGACGAGGCCCAUUACGAGGUGGUGCUCUCCAACCACUACCCCAAACACAUCAACCAGGUCGAUCAGAGUUCACACGUCUCGAGGAUUUAUUACCAUGGCGAAGGGGAUGGGGUGCGGAUGUUCGUGGUCGCGAGGUGUUGCCUGCCCGAAAGCGGUCCGCUCAUCACGAGCGAUUAUUUCCCCGCGAAUGCUCACCUCGUCGUCGGCAGCACGCGCACCAUCGCCGUCUUCAGCACCCACCAGCUGGAGUGCCCGGCGUUCCGGCUCAGCCACGUCGGCUGCAGUCUGCUUUAUUGCCACCCUUGUCUUCCUAUUAUCGGGGCCUUGGGGUAUAGCUGGAAUAUCACCCCCGCCCACCUCCGAGGGGGCCCACCGCAGGCCGUUGGGGUUGUCGAAAAGCCCUGUGAUGGCCCCUCACCGGCUUCUCCAGCCGUUCGAGGUUCCACGCCCGGGGAGGAUCCCCACCCGCAGGUGCUUUUCGACAGUCCCAACGGCCUCAAUGGGGGUUGUUUGCUUCGAAUCUUCGAGAUCGCGGAGUUGACGAGCUCGGUGACCGGAUCGCCAGCGCAGUCUCCGGAAACGAGGCCCAUCGGGGCGUCUAAUGGAAGGAUGGGUGAGGUUGGUGACGCCGUCGACUCUGCGGCAAUGCCUCACGGCUGUGCGGCCAAUAAGGAGACUUUUGCCCUGCGGCUGGUGCAGGAGCGGCUGUAUCCAAUUUCUUCCAAACAGUAUGGCGCCUACUUCUGCUUCUCAUGGAAGUUCAGUUUAGAUCUGGAGUUGGCGUUGUGUAAUGUAGUGGAAGGUGUGGUGUAUGUCGUGCGACUCCACCGACAGUAUCUUCCUCAACAACGAGAGCUGUCCGAAAAGAAAGUGCUGCGUCAUCUUGGCGGGGAUCGUGCCAUUUCCGAUGCAAACCCUACGAAGGAUUACUUAGUGCCCUCUCUAAAGUACGCUUUUACAUCGGAGCAUCGUGUGCGGUUGCCGCUUCAUUCGCUCCUGAAUGUCGAGUACGUUUCCGCGGCAACGAUUCCUUUGAUUGCUAUGACCAGCCACGCCGCGGCCAGCAGCUCCGGGCAGGUUAAACAAGGGCUCGUGCGAACCACUGGUCAUGGUAAGGAAGCUGGAGGGAAGGUCGCGGGUUCGCCAAUCAUGCUGCAGACAGCGGUUUCAGGAAAUUCCAAGCAUCGAUCACAACGUGCCGCCGCGAAUCAAACGGAUCCUCGGGAUGGUGUUCGUUACACUAGGGGGGGGUUGGGUUAUGCGAAUGCUGCACAGCGUUUCGCGGCUCUUUUCCACUCGCAGGAUAACUGCGCUAGCGAGGCUUGCUCUGGAGGGGGGCACAUUCCAAGAGAAGAUGGCGAUUCUGAGAUCGACAGCAAUCAAACGGAUCCGCUUUUUCUUACACGGAUGACGAUGGACUCGAUUUCUUAUCUAUAUGCUAUUCGCGCGUGUGGGUGGGGAGGGAACGUCCCUCCCAUUUCACCUCUCUCGCGUUCAUCGGAUACUUCGGCAUUCCCGCUUAAUUUCCCCAUUGGUGUCAACAGUUGUGGCAUUCGAAGGUCCGCGACCAUCAUGUCCCCGAAGGAAACAAAAUUAACACAGAAUUUACUAGGCCAUCGUUCAGCGAAUGCAGUGCUCGCCGCCAAAGGGGCACGUGGCAACGCCGGCGACGCAAAGAAGACAAGCCAGACGUAUGCUCUGCAGCCGGACCGUCUGCAACGGAACGGCGCCGCGAAGAGCGCGGAAAGACCACCAAAUCGCUACGACUCUCGUAUGAAUGCCUACACCGAAGGCGUUAGCCGUGCAAAAGACACAUCCCCCCUCCUGCAAAUCGGUGUGGGAUCCAUCUCGAAUCUCGUAGGGCUGAAUCAAGCCGGUGAAAUAAUGUCCAUCCCGAUCGAAUGCGAGGCGAUUGCAACGUGGCAUGAGGAGGGGAGUGUUUUUACCGGCCUGGGCACUACCGUAUACUCGGUGGAUAUCAUUUCUCUCCAAGACAUUGAUCGCGAGAUCGCCAAGCGCGCGCGCGCCGGCUUUGGACUUUCCGCGCAGGAGAAUGCCGUGGUGUUGCGGCAGAUUUUAGAGGUUAUGAAGAGGCCCGCCGUCUACCGGGGUGCCUUGGUGCCACCCUCCACCCAGGCCUUGGCGGCAAACCCGGAUGACAAUCCGAUGCUGCAACACACGAAGGAUAUUGAAAAGCUCUUCAGCUACGUCGCGCUGCUCGAGCGGGCGGGCGUCGUGCUGGCCACUGGUGAUGUCCCCAGCGUCUUGAGCCUGCUAGAGAUGGAGGAGGAGUUGUCGGGGGUUGCCGAGGACGGCGCUCCACAGGCAACCCGGAGCGUCGAUUUUGAGCGGGUGGAUCCACGCAAACGACUCCUCCUGGAGGUGCUGGACUGGUUGCCUUCGGCCUCUUGCCUCCCCAGUCCAUCUUUAAAGUCGGAUGGCGUUACCGCCCCUAGAGUUUUUCACUCCCAAGAGGAGCUCGAGCGGGAGGUGGCGGUUCAGGUCCUGCAUGGCCGUUUCGAGACCGGGGCGGCGCUUCUGGAGCUCAGCUACCAUAACGCGUCCUUUUCAUCAUCGAUGCGGUACAGCUCCAUGGUGAGUCUGCUGCGCUACCCCGCACAGACGGUAGGGCUCAUUCGCGGCAGCAAUCUAACCGCGCGGCAUACUUUUCUUAAAUCGCUCAGUCCAUGGCUCUUGGCGGUUUUUUUGCAUCUCUGCGCGGAUAGUAAAGAUAACAAGGAAAGCCAUUUGUACCGCGCCCGUAUCUACGUCGAUACGCGUCUUUCGUUAUGGGAUCGGGUGGCGAUGGCCUCGCUGUUGGAGCCGGAUUAUCCUCGGCUCAUUCAGGUAUUGCAGCGGUACAUGCUACCGACCUGCUCCCUCGUGCAGUCCCUCAUGCUCGAACACGGGAUCUCGCCGCGGUCCUUUUCGAAGAUGCAGCAGAUUGUGGAUUGCACGGGUGACUUUCAGCUCGGCGCCUGCCUGUACGCCCGGGUUGGGGUGCGACUCGUCUUGCCGAAGCGGUUUGUCGGUGGCGGUGAGCGUGGAGGCUUGAGGGAGGAGGCCGGGGUGAGGGGCGUGCCGUAUGAAGGGGGUUUGGCGUGCUGCCCUUCCAUGCAUACCGGCUCGCUGGACUUGGUUUCGUUCCAUCCAGCCUCCACCACCCCGCCGAGCACCGCAUCGGCCUCGCCUUCCGUGGCUUUCUCGCGGGAUCAUGGGCGGCCUCUCCCCGCCUCCGUGUUCAUUCCUCCUAGUCAGGUCUACUCCAGCGUGCUGCCACCGCCGCCGGAGGUGGUGGGGGGCCUCUCGAGCACCUUCCGAUCUCAGCCGCUGACUUCCUCCACGCCUCUCUUGCAGGCGGGUGCCCUGGAGGAUCCCACGCCAGCCCGUGGGGAGGGGAAAAACACGGAGGAAGCGUACGAAACGGAAACCGACGACGGCGAGGGGAAUAAUUGGCUCUGGUGGACCGAAGCGUAUCGUGCGUUUUUAGACAACGAGCAGAAUUUUGUCGAGCGCACGAUGUUCGACGUCGCGUGCCAGCGACUUCACGAAGAGUACUUAGCCUCCCUAUCACUUUCCCGCACCGGGGGCUCGAGCUGGCGGACGAAAAGUGGUGGGGAUGGGACUGGUUUGAACGCGGGGUCGAGCCUGUCGAAUACGGUCAGUGUAAACGGUAUCCCGGCGCCGGCGCUGCCGACGCUGCCGCACUCUCCCAGUUUAUCUUUGAGCGCCGCCCUACCCCUAUUCCCAGGGGCUGUGCACAGCGCAACCCUGCAGCAUGUGCGUUUUCUCACCAAGAUUCUCAACGCAACGCCCGUGGCGGAUCCCCCAGACGGCACGGUGUCGUGCUCCCCGCCUUACCCUUCCAAGCGCAUCAGGGAUGGGAGUGAUAACAGGCGCGGCGAACAGCGUUUAGUACUGCCACCUCAACUGCAGACGCUUGCCCUUUCCAUGAGCAAUCAACCCUUACGCUGCGCGAUUUGCUUGCGGCCGGUAUCGCUGCAUCAGCAGGAUGCUGAGCAGUCGCUUGCGUGGUGCACCGCGUGCUCCCAUGGCGGGCAUGCUCAUCACCUCCGAGAGUGGUUCUCUGCGCAUCGUGUGUGUGCAGUCGAGGGCUGUUGCUGCCAUUGUGAUUAG